AUGGCACGCCAAACCCGAGCUCGCUCCACUCGGAGCAAGGCAACCCGUGGCCGCCAGUCGAGAAACAAUAAGUCGCGCGAAGAUGAAGUUUCAGAGAUCUAUCAAGAAAUGCUGGACGAGGCCGAAGCGCGAGACCCCGAGCAGUUCCAUCUGGAUAGGCCGACCAAGAGACGUAGGGUUGGAGAUACCAAAGCCAUCCCAAUCGACCCCCCGGCAUUGACACAAUCAAAUCCCGCGGAGCAGCCAACUUCAAAUCAAGAACUUGAACAGCAAGUGCAAACUGUUUAUGAUUCAACCACAGAAGAUGAAUCAGAUAUCGAGUGGGAGGAUGUGGAUAUCCAGCAACCCGCACAGGAGCUUCCAAGUGCAAGUGCUGUAUCGCAGGGAAGGGAUGAGACUCUCCAAAUAAUAUUCGACAAGGAGCCCGAGGCGCGGAAAAAGACUGCAGUCCGGAGAAAGCCCGUCACUGCAGCCGAGAGAAGAUUACGUCUAGAUAUCCACAAGACUCACCUGCUUUGCCUUUUAGCUCAUGUGAACCUGCGCAACCGCUGGUGCAAUGACAAUGAGACACAGAAUUCCUUGAAAAGAAUGCUUCCGAAGAGAAUAAUUGCAUUGCUACACCCAGAUGAGGAUAAACAGCAAUACAUACGGUCAACAACUUUUAUGGAUGGCCUCAAUCAAGUAGCCGAUCUCUUUAAUCGGAAAUUCCAAGUCACCAAAUCUGGCCUGAAGCGAGCACACUGGGCCGAAGGUCAAACUCAGCUCAAACAAAGAGUGGAGUCAAUUAUGUCGGAUGCUGAAGUGUUCUUAUCGCAAGCAGAUUUUCGGUCUGAGGCGAAUUUGAUGCAAGGCUCGCGAGAUUUUGGAGCCCAGCUAUUCUGUGCCUUGCUACGUUCCGUCUCCAUAGAAGCGAGACUAGUAUGCUCCCUUCAACCACUGUCGUUCUCAGGUACAGUGAAGGACAUGACACCCUCAAAAGUAGCAUCCAAAUAUAUUGUAAUAUCUUCUGAUGAUUAUGAUACAUCCAUGGAUGAGCGCCAGCAAUCUGGAAGUUCCUCGACUCCGAAGAGGCCUCGGCGGAUUGGACGUCCUGAAUUCAUCUCACGACCACCGCAAUCUUCAACACGCCCAGCUCCUUCGCUCAUUCCUCAAGAGUCGAUGCACCCAGUGUUCUGGGUCGAGGUUUUCAAUGAAGCAGUCCAAAAGUGGUUUGCGAUUGACCCUGUGGUGACUAAGACUCUGGCAAAGCCUUCAAAGUUUGAACCUCCAGCAAGUGACCCAUACAACAACAUGAGUUAUGUUGUCGCAUUUGAAGAUGACGCGUCCGUGAGAGAUGUGACAAGACGGUACGCGAAAGCUUUUAACGCAAAAAAUCGCAAGCUUCGAGUUGAGUCUACCAAGAAUGGAGAAGAGUGGUGGAACAAGGCAAUGAUGGCUUAUGAAAAACCAUUCCUUGAGGAUCGCGACGAGGCCGAGAUUAGCGAACUCACUUCUAAGUCUGCCGCUGAGCCUAUGCCCCGAAAUAUCCAGGACUUCAAAGAUCACCCCGUUUAUGCAAUCAACAGACACCUGCGUCGCAAUGAAGUGGUCUUCCCUGAACGUGUCAUUGGUCAUGUUGGACUAAGUAAAACCACAUCCAAAAGUGAUAACCUGGAACCUGUUUAUCGUCGGUCUGACGUGCAUGUGGUACGAAGCGCGGACAAGUGGUAUCGAUUAGGAAGAGAUGUCAAAGUGGGCGAGCAACCCCUGAAACACGUUCCUGUGACCCGUCCUAAAAGCGGAUUUGCGAGUGAUGAAGGAGAAGAAGCAGAACAUACCCCUCUUUAUGCGGAGUUCCAGACCGAUAUUUACAGGCCGCCACCAGUAGUUGGAGGUCGAAUUCCAAAGAACGCCUACGGAAACCUGGAUAUUUAUGUACCAAGCAUGGUGCCACAAGGAGCCGUCCACAUUAAACGCACGGAGGCGUCGCGAGCUGCAAGAAUAUUGGGUGUUGACUUUGCAGAUGCAGUGACUGGAUUCGAUUUCAAAGGCCGCCGUGGAACCGCUGUCUUUGGGGGUAUCAUAAUUGCCACUGAAUACCAGGAGGCCCUAGAGGAGGUCCUGAGAAGCAUGGAGGAUGAAAGACAACAUGCCGCCUUUGAAACAAGAAGCGCAGAGGCUCUGGGAAUGUGGAGGCUCUUCCUACUCAAGCUUAGGAUUGCUGAAAGGGUUCAAGGCUACGCGACCGAAGAUGAGAUAACUGGAAACUCAUCCACAAGAGAGACAAGCGUGGACCCACCCGAGGGGGGAGGAGGUUUUUUCCCAGAGCCAGAUCAACCCACAAGGAGUUCACCACAAAAAUAUGGGGAUGAGGGACACAGAGAAGCCCUGGCAACCGAGGGUGGCAACCUAGCUACUCCUUACCCGGAGGAUGUCUCCAACCAGCAAGAAGACGAUCUCGGCGGUGGGUUUAUCCCAGAGGAACCCGAGGAAGAGAUCCUGACCCCCGUGUCAACAAUAAAUCACCCUCCACCAAUUUCACAAAGAGAAGUCAAGCCGAAGGCCGUAAGGUCAUCUCGCUAUGAGCUGGUCGUGGUUCCUCACAAAUCAGAUACUGUAAUGCAAGACGCGGGAAUCGCUUCUGUGGGCGGAUUUCGCAACGAGCCUGAGGGGUCUUCCGAGAAAGUUCCUAUUACUUUGGACUCUCCAGCAAACGUUGAUUCAAAAUCUGGCAGCCUUGAAAUUAUCUCAAGGCCAACAUCGCCACCACAAGACCUGGCUCGCUCGCCGCCUUUAGAGGACUCCGACAGUGAAAUCGAGAAGGGAUCGUUGCUGUCUGAAGACCCCGAGGACGAGGAUGCGAUACCUGACUGGUUGGUUUGA